AUGGUGGGCUUCACACGAUCCCAGCUCGCCGCUGGCGCCCUGUGCUUUGCUGCCACCACAGCGCUCGCCUCUUCACUGCCACCACUUGCUUCCACCUCAUCCGGCGGCAGCACCAAGUUCAAGUGCGAUUUGCCACCCGCGCUGGACCCGGCCUCCGACGGCCUGCGCUCCGCCCUCGAUGUCCUGGGCGGCGAUGCGGCACUCAAGCUCCAGGUCUACCGCCACUCCGAGCUUGUUAAGGUGCCCUCCAUCUCGUACGACGACAACGGCGAGCCAGGCCAAGACCCGCGCUGGGAUGUCUUCUACAAGCUCCACGACACACUGGAGAGGCUGUAUCCAAUGUUCCACGCCCAGGCCAAGAAGGAGACUGUCAACACCUUUGGCCUCGUCUACACCCUCAAGGGUUCCGACUCGAGCUUGAAACCGCUCAUGCUCGCUGCGCAUCAGGACGUCGUCCCCGUUGCCGACGCCUCGACGUGGAAGUACCCGCCCUUCAGCGCCCACUUCGACGGGCGCUGGCUAUGGGGUCGCGGCUCCUCUGAUGAUAAGAAUAGUUUGACCGGCUUGUUCUCGGCCCUUGAGACGCUCCUGGACCAGCCUGGAUGGGAGCCCAAGCGCGACAUUGUCCUGGCGCUCGGCUUCGACGAGGAGUGCUCCGGCCGCCGCGGAGCCGGCACCAUCAGCAAGUUCCUCCUGGAGCGGUACGGCCCGGACUCGAUGGCAUUGCUGCUCGACGAGGGCGGGUUGGGCCUGCGCACCAUCGGUGACGUUCUAUAUGCUCUCCCCGCCGUCAUGGAAAAGGGCCACGUCGACGUUUGGCUCGACCUGACCACCGCGGGCGGGCACUCGUCCACCCCGUUCCCCCACACGGGCAUCGGGAUCGCCACGGCGCUGGUCGCCGCGCUCGAGGCGCACCCUUAUGCGCCGCGCGUGAUCCCGCAGAGCCCCGUGCACAACCACAUGGUGUGCCAGGCGCGCUACUCGCCCCGCGCGGACAGGCAGGUCACCCAGCUCGUGCGCGAGGACGCGCUGGGCGAGCUGGCGGAUGUGCUGGCGCGCAAGGACCGGGCGACGCAGUACAGCAUCCAGACGAGCCAGAGCGUCGACUACUUCCACGGGGGCGUCAAGAUCAACGCGAUGCCCGAGAAGGUCCGGGUCGGGGUGAACCACCGGAUCGCGCCGCACGACGACGUCGGCGUGGUCAAGGCGAACAUCCUCAGGCGGAUCAAGCCGAUCGUGAAGCAGUUUGGGAUCAAGGUGCACGCGUUCGAGGGCGAAGAUGGGACGGACGAGUUGCUCGCACGUGUUGCGAACGCACAGGAAGUGGAGGAAGCGGAUGCGGAACAAGAUGUGGAAGCUCAAGACUACCGCGCGGGCUUGCCCCAUGCCAUGUACGAUGUCGACUACAACGCCACCCUGGUCCUCUCGACGACGCAGAGCACGCCCGUGGCGCCCGUGUCGCCGUACAGCGGCGAUGUGUGGGACGUCUUCUCGGGCACGAUCCAGCACAGCUUUGCGUUUGAGAACGGCACUGUUGUGCCUGUCGGGGAGAUCAUGACUGGCAACACAGAUACCAGACACUAUCUGGCGCCGCCAACACAAAAAAUACAGAUCUCACCUCGGCACGUGUACCGCUGGACGCCCACCCGCGACGGCCAGCGCGUCAAUGCCCACACAGUCGACGAGGGAGUCGACAUGGUCGGCGCCCACAUGGAGACUGUGCGCUUCUACUACGACCUGAUCCGCAAUUUUGACGCCGCGCGGGUUGCGCCUGUUGGUGCCGCUAGUGCUUCUGCUGAGGACGUCGUGGCGGCGGCGGCGACAGGUGGUGAUGCUAUGGGCGAGUUGUGAUGACGAGGCUUGAUGACGAGCCAUAUGAUGAUGACAUGUUCUUGACGGGUGUGGGCAUUUCCAAAUUGAAAAGCUGGUGUAGCUACUGUGAGAGGGUUCAACGGCGUGCACCUUUGGCGAGUACACGGAGUGUUGCCUUUAACGUGACAUGCUCAGUAUUUCGGCGAAAAGAUUAUCAAGAUUAGGGAACAAAAAAUACAUCCUUCUCGAACCACUGC